ACUCAGGGCCGCCUUUGAUGCUUCCUACCUCUCUACUCUUAUUAUUAUGAGCCCACGACCUCCCAACCAGCAGUGGUAACCAUGGCUCUCUCGAUGCUCCGUUCGCGAUGUACGGUGGAUCAUCUGAGGGCGACGUGCCUCUUCGUUGGACCACGACCGAGGCCAAUGGCGAGACCAUCGAGCCAAUCUGGACCUUUCACCACUCAGGCAGGGAUCAUUGAUCGGAGCUACGAGCAUGUCUUUGUGCCAUCUGAUGUUUCUGCACUCCGGCCCGUAUCGUUUGCCCCAGAGCCUCCGCGAAGACGCCAUCUGGCUUACUGGCAACACAUCCGGAUGUGGAAAGAUGUCUCGGAGGAAGACUUUUUGAGCUACCGCUGGCAGACGAGCAACACCAUCGAUCGGAAGGACAAGCUUCUCAGAUUCCUCGAAGGCGUUCUUCCGGAGCGCAUACCACACUCCCCGCAUGUCCAGUCAGCAUGGUCCCAUAUCCGAACGCGCGAGGACUUUCUUGCAGAUGUCGAGGGAGGCAUGAAGGUGGCUCCAAUGUCGGUCCGCUUGACACCGCACAUGCUGAGUGUUGCUGACUGGUGCAAUCCAUUGGAAGAUCCCAUUCGGAGGCAAUUCAUUCCUCUGCGAUCCACCAGAAGGGAAGAUCACCCAGCGCUUGAGCUGGACUCUCUCCACGAGGAGGAUGACUCGCCUGUCCCAGGUCUUGUCCAUCGAUAUCCCGACAAGGUGUUGUUUCUCGCAACCAGCGUGUGCCCUGUCUAUUGCCGAUUCUGCACAAGAUCGUACGCGGUAGGAAACAAUACCGAAUCUGUCAUCAAAGCAUCGCAAAAGCCCACGCGCAAAAGAUGGGAGGCCAUGUUCCAGUACAUCGAUCGCACUCCUGCAAUACAGGACGUCGUAGUCUCGGGAGGAGAUUCCUAUUACCUCCAGCCCGAACAACUCCACAUGGUCGGAAAGCGAUUACUGCAGAUUCCACAUGUCCAGCGGAUCCGCUUUGCAUCCAAAGGCCUCGCAGCCUGUCCCAUGAGAAUCUUCGAUCGCGACGAUAGCUGGACAGACGCGUUCGUUGGACUCAGCAACCUCGGUCGCUCGAUUGGAAAGCAAGUCGCAAUGCACACACAUUUCAACAAUCCGCAGGAAAUCACCUGGACCACCGAACGAGCAGCCCGAUAUCUCUUUGAGCGCGGAGUGACAGUACGGAACCAAACCGUCCUCCUCAAAGGCGUCAAUGACGACCUCGCCACCAUGUCCGCGCUGAUUCGCAAACUCGCCGAUUUGAACAUUCAACCGUACUAUGUCUAUCAAUCCGACAUGAUUCGCGGCGUCGAAGAUUUGCGAACUCCCUUGUCGACCAUUUUGCAUCUGGAAAAACAUCUUCGCGGAACGAUUGCGGGAUUCAUGACGCCUUCGUUUGUGGUGGAUUUACCUGGAGGUGGAGGCAAACGGUUGGCGAAUAGCUUCGAUAGCUAUGAUGAGGAGGCUGGAGUGAGCUAUUGGAGUGCACCGGGAGUUGCGGGAGAUGAAGUUUUCACAUAUCAUGAUCCUGUACAGUGAGGAGAGGAGAAGAGGAGAAAAAGGGAAAAAGGGACAUUUCAACCUCCACGGCUGCUGACAGACAAGACAGUCGAUCGAGAGAGAGAAAAUAAAAAGUUGCAACAAAGACAACAGACUAGGGGGAUAGAGCGGAAAAAACUGCUUUUGUGUGUGUGUGAGUGUGUGGGUGGGUGGAUGAAAAAGAAUGAGAUGAUGACGUUGAUUAUAAAAACGACGACGACGACGACAACGACAUCGACGACAUCGACGACGAAUGAUACCUGUACCUGAUAACACCCAUGUGUUGUUGUAUGUGAGCGUUACAAUGAUAUGGUACCUAUCAACAUGUACAUAGUAGCAGCGAGGAUCAAAAAGGGGAAUCAAUCGUACCUAAUUACAUACGUACGUGUCUAGACUAGAUAAAAAGUAAA